ACUCACUCGAAUCCCACGUGCUAUAAUCCGCUUCAGCAUGGUCCCCAAGGGGACCUUUAUUACAAUGUAUGUGUAUGAAGUGUGAUCGUGUUGGGAUUGACAUAUUGAAGUCGGCUCGGACUCCCCUCAAAUUGAGUCCUUCGACUGCCGCAAGAUCGGCCGCCGCUGCGACUACUUGGUACACUGGUGCGGCCAGCCGGUGUCGGAACGCUCGCGAGUAGGCCUUUCGGACGUCCCGCGCUCACUCAACGAGUCGCUCGGGCGUUUCCACCGCCGACAUCCUAGCCUCCCUCGUCCGCACCGAGUCGCUGCAAUUUUGGGCCCCCUCGGUAUAUCCGGAUGGCACCUCUCUACUCGCUUCGCCUGCGUCUCCUGCUUCACUCCGUCCCGUCUCGCUUGCUCAACCCUUCUGUUCGCCUUCGUCGCCCACCACUCGUCAGACACUUCGCGCCUCAUACGGACCCUCUGCGCGCACCACGAUCCGUGCCGGCCGCGUUUUGCGUCCUCCCUCGCUACGAUCCCUUGGUCCUCAAGCGUCGCAGUGCUCCGCGGAGUGGGGUGAUGUCAGCAUCGUCGCGCAUCAGUCGCCACCGGGCCUGCAAUAGACCGGUCAUGGUCGCACUGACCAAGUACAUGCGCGGAAGAUGCGUAAUAAGACAGCCGAAAAUUCGUAUAUAGGAACCAGUCGCGGAUACAAACAGGCUGCUUACUGUACGUACCGUAGCACUGCCACGUCGCUCAUGUAUUCAAGCCACGAGGAUUCUCGCGAGAAUCCUCGCAGAGUCAAGGAGUAUUUGACUACAUUCUAUU